AUGUUGGUGUCCGAUGUUCGAGUACACGGAUCACUCGAUGGUAUUUCAACGCCGAUUCGAAAAGCUGUCAAACAUUCGAGUACAAUGGUUGUGAAGGCAACAGAAACAACUUUGCGUCACAGAAAUCCUGCCAAAACUACUGCCUUUCCGAAGCUUGUCCUCCUGGAACGGUGGUUGCUAAAGAUGGAGAAGGAAGCCGUUUGGUUCAAUGUAGCAAUCCUGGUGGCCAAGGUCGUGUUUCUGGUGGAUGUCCUGAUGGGUAUACGUGCUACUCGUCUCCAUUACUGGACCAGAGUGUAUGUUGUGGAGCCAGUACUGAGCUUCAAUCACUUUGCCCCACUGCUAUUCGGACUCCUUAUCUCGGCGCCUAUCUCUCAACCGAUGCAGUGUACACCAAAUGUGGAUGGAGCCUGUCCGGGCAACUUCUUCUGCUGGUUCUCCACCACUGCCACAUCAGUCAACGCUUUCUACUGCUGUCGUUCACCGGAUAGCGUAGAUACCGGAUACUGCCCACCUCAACUAGUGCCUGUACCCGGAGAGGGAGGUGCUCAGUACAAGUACUGUUCACCUUCUGCGCCACUCAACGAUGCCAUUCAAGGAUGUGGAGCCAACAGGCAUUGUCAAUUCAGUACAACUCUCGAGAGGUAUAUUUGCUGCGGUCUGGAAUCAGAUGUUCGAUUGCCUAAUGUAUGUCCACCUCAGCCAGCUAACCUUGUUCCGGUUGAGCUAGCUGGAAACUACCGUACCUGCAAUCCGUGA